UACCCUUAUAGCGAUGAGUUUUCAAGUAACAUAGGACGACAUAUUAGAUAGCAUUCGUUAUAAUCUAAACGUUAAGAUUAUUUUAAACUAAAUACAAUCAGAUGUCGUUUAAAAAUAUAUAGAUUUAAAAAUUAAAAGCGUUUUUUUUUUCGAUAAGAAAAUAAUCAUUUUAUUUUAAAGCAAUUCGAAACCUGCGCUGUUGUAUGAUUGGAGAAUACUGCUGUGUGAGAAAUGUGAUUAGACGAAAAAGUAAAAGAUUGAGCUGUUAAUUAAUUUAUAAUAAAAUGGUAUUGUUAACAAUGAUAGCAAGAAUAUCAGAUGGUCUGCCAUUGGCAGCUACUAUGCAAGAAGAUGAACAGAGUGAAAGAAGUACUUUGGAAUAUCAGAAUCAAGCAAAGAUGUUAUUUAGAAAAUUAGGUUUACAAUCACCUACAAGAUGUACUAUAGAAACUGGACCAUAUCUCUUUCAUUAUUUAAUUGAAAAUGAGGUAUGUUAUUUGGUAUUAUGUGAAAGGAAUUAUAGUAAACGAAUAGCUUAUAGUUAUUUAGAAGACAUAGCACAAGAAUUUCAUUCUCAAUAUGGUAAACGUGUUAACACUGUUGCUAGGCCUUAUGCUUUUAUUGAAUUUGAUACUUACAUCCAAAAAGCUAAAAAAGUUUUCUCAGAUGGUAGAUCACGUAGAAAUAUGAAUGCUCUUAAUAGUCAAUUGCAAGAUGUUCAAAGGAUCAUGGUUCAAAAUAUUGAUGAUGUUCUACAAAGGGGAACAGUACUUUCAGAAUUGGAUACAAAAACACAGAACUUGUCUAUGUUAUCACAAAAGUAUAAAAAAGAUGCAGCACAUUUAAAUAGCAAAUCUAUGUAUGUCAAAGCAGUUGCUAUUCUUGUUGCAUUUUUGGUAUUUCUGUUAUACUUCUUUAUCCUUUAGUUGAUCACAAACAUUUUUCACAAAGUUUAUUCACAACAAAGUUUGUUCAAAUCUAAAAGCAAGGAAUACACUGUGUUAUCAUGAGGGUAAAAAAAUGGGUUUUUGACUAUCAUCUUUGGAUUUUAUUUUUCAAAUAUAGGGAUUACACAAUCA